AUGGCGGCAAGUCGGAUAGGGAGGAUUGACCGGCAGUAAUAAAUGGCAGCAAUUUGUGCAUAGAAGCUGUCUUUGUGAAAUCCAGAACAUGGAAGAGAGAGAUGCAGAGCAUGGAUCUGAAACAUUAGAAUAUACAUUUGAUCUUCUGGAAGUUGGGUGUACAGGCACAAUUGAAGUUAUACCAGAAUCAUUCAAUAAAUCUUCCAAAAAGGAAUUAAAACCACUGACAACACUUCCUUGUGGUUUACCACCUUUGUUUGCACCAGAUCUAAAGACUGAUUUAGAGAAAUAUCUUCUGGAUCCUACUGUGCUGCCCAUCCAUGACUUUUAUCGCACACAGAGAUUUUGGCCCCGUGAACAAGACCCAGAAAGUCUGUUGUUUUCAGAUGUGUGUCCUGUUCCAUUAACGUUAAAAGUAGAGAGAAAUCCAACAACAGGAGAGCUUCUAGGUUAUAAUGAGGUAAUGUUGACAGAUACUGGAUGUACUUCAAAAAAUUCCAUGUCACUUUUAAGACAACCUGGGCCCCUAUCAGCAUCUGUAAGAGGAGAGUCUAUCAAUUACCCAUUUUUACCAGGUGGUAUGGAGACCUUGGAAACUACAAAACCAGAUCUGGUAUUUGAUGGUGAGCUGAACUUUGAGAAAGAUCUUCUGUCUUUACCACCAGGCUUUAAACAUGGAGCUAGAUUCACUGAAGAUAAAGAAGACCAAGAUGGAGAAUCCUUUGCACCCAUACCUCAAGUUGUAGCCAUGUCUGACAUCAUUGCUGGCACAACACUAGAAGACCUGGAGUACAGUGAUGAUGGUGAUGACCUGGAGACAGAUGAGGAGGGCAUAGAUAAGCUUUCUGAAAAGAGUGGAUCUGUGAGUGAUCCAGAGGACAGCAGUAAGGGUAGUCUCCAAAGACAGGAUAGUCUUGAGAAUGUCUUGGUAGAGGGAAGCGAUUCAGAAAAAACUCGUACUUCUUCAGCGUCAAUUGCAGACAAACCCACCAAAGAGGAGUGGGCUGUAAUGGUGAACGUCAAAGAACCUGUCAAAGAUUUCCAUAAGCGAGUUCCUGAUAUGGCGCACAAGUGGAAAUUUGAGCUGGACACAUUUCAAAAGCAGGCCGUCCUUUGUUUAGAAAACAACGAAAGUGUUUUUGUUGCCGCUCAUACCUCAGCUGGAAAGACUGUUGUGGCUGAAUAUGCCAUUGCUUUGGCCAGUAAACACAUGACAAGGACGGUGUACACGUCACCGAUCAAAGCUUUGUCCAAUCAGAAGUUCCGCGAGUUCAAGGACACUUUUGAGGAUGUAGGUCUGCUGACCGGUGAUUUGCAGAUCAAACCUGAGGCGUCCUGUUUGAUCAUGACUACGGAAAUAUUGCGUUCCAUGUUGUACAAUGGUUCAGAUGUCAUCAGAGACGUAGAGUGGGUGAUUUUUGAUGAAGUUCAUUACGUAAAUGAUGCAGAGCGAGGUGUUGUAUGGGAAGAGGUUCUCAUUAUGUUACCAGCGCAAGUCAAGAUCAUUCUGCUAUCUGCAACUGUGCCUAAUACAUUGGAAUUUGCCGACUGGAUUGGACGUACCAAGAAGAAGAAAAUCUACGUGAUAAGCACUCUGAAGCGCCCAGUCCCCUUACAGCAUUUCCUAUACACAGGCAAUAGUAAUAAGACAAGUAAUGAACUGUUUAUGAUUGUGGAUGCCGACAGUAAGUUUUUGACGCGCGGUUACGAAGCAGCCGUGGCAGCCAAGAAAGAGAGAGAGGGGAAAGGAAAAGAUGCGUAUGGCUCCAAAACUCACCAGACAACAAACAUCCGGGAGGAACGUAACAUCUGGUUGUCUGUGAUCGAAAUGCUCCGUAAGAAGGAGAAGCUUCCCGUGGUCGCUUUUACCUUCUCUAGGAAGAGAUGCGAUGACAACGCAGACCAGCUUGGUAACCUCGAUCUUACCACUUCAACCGAGAAGAGUGUGAUCCACGUUUUUAUUCAGAAAGCUAUUGCAAGACUCAAAGGAUCCGACAGACAAUUGCCACAAGUUUCCAGGAUACAAGAGCUCCUUAAGCGCGGCCUUGGUGUCCAUCACAGUGGAGUACUGCCUAUUAUUAAAGAGAUGGUGGAAAUGCUGUUUGGACGAGGCUUGGUAAAGAUCCUCUUUGCCACUGAAACGUUUGCCAUGGGUGUCAACAUGCCAGCUCGUACAGUGGUGUUUGAUACAACCAGAAAGCACGAUGGAACAAGCUUUAGGGAUUUGCUGCCUGGUGAAUAUAUUCAAAUGGCUGGCCGAGCUGGGCGGAGAGGUCUGGACCCUACUGGCACUGUUAUCAUAUUGUGUAAAGGAAACGUACCGCUUAUGUCAGACUUACACAAGAUGAUGCUGGGAAAACCAACUCAGCUGACUUCAAGGUUUCGUCUGACUUAUUCCAUGAUACUGAAUCUGCUGCGAGUCGAGGAGUUGCGCGUAGAGGACAUGAUGAAGAGAAGCUUCGCUGAGUUCCAUAUACAGAAAGACGCUCAGGAAAGAAGACGCCAAAUGGAGGAACUGGAAAAAAAACUACAGAAUAUAAACGAUAUUGAUUGUAUGUUUUGUUCUGAAGAUCUGAAGUCUUAUUUCAAGGCAUGUCGAGAGCUGUCCCAACUAACAAACACUGUCAAGGUAAUAGUAAGAAUGUUAGCCGUACGUAUGAUGCACGAUCCUCGCAGUAGAGAGUGCCGGCUGGCGUGCUGUCUUUUCUUUCACUCUUAUCGUUCACUCUGGCAUGGAAAGAGAGCAGUCCUUCUUCUUCGGCGAAGAGCUAUGUUUUCAUAUGAUUUUCAGGGCAAGCAGAGUAUAUUACAAAUGGCAGAACGGAUCGCUAACUUGCAGUCUGAAUAUGGUUUGUCUACGUCUGUGGAAGAAUUUAAAAAGCAGUACAACUUUGGCCUGGUGGAGGUUGUGUUUGAAUGGGCGAGAGGAAUGCCUUUUUCUGAAAUAACCAACUUGACAGAUGUGCAGGAAGGGAUCAUUGUUCGCUGCAUUCAGCGACUAGACGAGACAUGUCGUGAUGUUAGAAAUGCCGCUCGCAUCAUCGGGGAUCCAAAGCUUGGAGAGAAGAUGGAGGAAGCGUCCGCUAUGAUCAAAAGGGACAUUGUAUUCGCAGCAAGUCUGUACACGCAAUGAAUUAGUAGCGGGAAAUAGACAAUUAUAUCAAAACAAUUUUAGCCGCAGCUGAGUCAUGGUAGGAUUUCGUCUUGUAAAGAUUAAGUUUGAUUUUCAUCCAUUACUUAAAACUGACAGUGCUCUCGGAGCUGCGGGUUUUGAGGUCACCCAUGUUGCUGGUCAGCCUGGUUUGUACUUAGAAAUCCGUGACUUAAAAGCGCUGUUAGAACAGUCAUCAUACGAGAUGUUAAAACUCAUCUGCUUAAAUUCUUUAGGAGAAUACUUCGUUAAAUUUGAAUUAAAAGCUAAAGGCUGAAGAGUCCCACCCUGGUUAGAGAACUCAACUUUCAAUUUUUUUUUAGACUUAGCUCAUGCUCUUACAGGUAUAAACUUCGUAUUUUUCCAAAUAUCUUUUUUAUCACGUAUCUUGCGUAACUCAUAACUCUUGGUUUAAGAAAUGACAUUUCGAAUCUUUGAGAUUUAGCUCAAAAUAAACAAAUAGGUUUGAAUUAACUCAGAAUACGUUUUGCAUUUUUCCAAAUGUCUUUUUUAUCACUUAACUUACGUGAUUCGUUAAAUGUGAAAUUAGACGUCUAAGGUGUUUUCUCACGAAUAGAAUCCAAUUCACUCUAAAACCGGUCAAACCGGAUGUAACAAUGUAACGCGUUCUACUCACUUUGAUGUGUCCAACCAUCGGUAAAUUCUUUGUUUUGGAUUCUGUUAUCUUUCCAGUGAGAGCAAUAUCAAGUGAUACACAUUUCCAUAUUAAUUGACGCAACAGAGCGAUUCAUCAUCUUCAUCAUCGUCAUCAUUACUAUAAGAUCACUAUCGUCAUCCCCAUUAUAACCAAUAUCAUUAUUAUUAUUAUUAUUAUUAUUAUUAUUUGUGAUCUUUAGAAUGAAAUAAUCAUGUCAAAUGGAACCUAUGACAGAUUUUAUUUUAAUUUAGCUUAUACUAUAUUGUAGGAAUAGAAUUUUAGUGAAUGGAUAAUAAUAAAAAAAGUUUUAGGUUCAUCAUCA